AGUACUUAUAUAAUGACCAAGGUGUUAUAUUAUGAUUGAGUUAAGAGGUAGUGUGGUAGAGACUACUACCGACCACAAAAUGCCGUACUACAGGUUUAUUGUUAAGCUAACCACCAUUUUCUUUAUUGGUUUUACUUCUGAUUUCACCGCUGGUCAGCAGGAUCGACCAUGUGAGCCUCGAAAGUUUGGCGAAUCUGUGGUUUGUGUCUGCAAUUCUACCUACUGCGAUGACGUCAUUCGGUUGCCUCCUGAGCCGGGGACUUAUGUCUCCUACACGUCUUCAUUGGCUGGUCUCCGUUUCAAGAAGGAUAAAGGAACAUUGGAACAAGUAGACGAAGAUACAUCUAUGUUUGAAUUUGCGGGCAUUAAAGACAAGUUAACCGAGCCCAAAAUAGAACUGGACUGUGCCAAGAAGUAUCAGAAGAUCGAAGGUUUCGGCGGCUCCGUGACUGACUCCGCAGCCAUCAACUGGAUGAACCUGAAGGAACCAUGUUUGAAGGAAAAUUUGAUUAAUUCAUUCUUUGGUAAAAAUGGCUUGGAAUACAACAUGAUCCGCACGCCUAUUGGGGGCAGCGACUUCUCGACGAGAGAAUACUCCUACAACGAGAUUCCUGAAAACGACACGCUGCUCAGGAACUUCACGCUCGCGAUAGAAGAUUUUGAUAGCAAGAUUCCAAUGAUGAAAGAGGCUAUAGCGGCAGCCACCGACGAGAUCCACAUCGUGUCCUCGGUGUGGUCCCCGCCCGUCUGGAUGAAGAACAGCCACGAGUACUCAGGGUUCAGUCUGCUGAUCGAGGAGUACUUUCAAACAUACGCUGAAUACUACGUCAAAUACAUAGAAGCGUAUGCCGCUGAAAAUAUAACAAUUUGGGGCAUAACCACUGGGAAUGAGCCGUUGACAAGCGUGAUGGGCGGACGCUUUAACUCUUUAGGGUGGACCACAGAACUUAUGGGGAAGUGGAUCUCCCAAAAUCUGGGACCGACCAUUCGCAAAUCCAAGUAUCGUAACGUAAAGAUCCUAGCUGUCGACGACCAGAGGCCCACGAUUCUAAUUUGGUUUAAUAAGAUGGUGCAGGAACAUCCCGAAGCUGAGAAGUACAUAGAUGGAAUCGCAGUUCACUGGUACCUCGACAAAAUCACUCCACCGUCGAUUUUGAAGCACACAGCGGAAACAUACCCAGACAAAUUCCUCAUCGGCACCGAAGCUUGCUCGGGAGCAAACCCAACGGAUGUUAUGAAAGUAGCAUUAGGAUCGUGGAAAAGAGCAGUCGAUUAUGCUAAAGACAUUAUUGAGGACCUUCAAAACGAACCUUCGAAUCUGUGCCUCGACAGCCAAGGAGGUCCAAAUUGGGCCAAGAAUUACGUUGACGCCACUGUAAUCGUCUUCCAUGAAGACGAAGAGUUCGUCAAACAGCCUAUGUACUACGCUAUGGGACAUUUCGCCAAGUUUCUUCCGAGAAAUUCUGUCAGAAUCGAUGCCACGAAUACUGGGUUGAUCGGGAUCGAUUACGUGGCUUUUGAAACGCCUGGCAAGACUUAUGUUGUCGUUCUUUAUAACGGUGCCUUGGAUCAAACAGUGAAAAUCAGAAUAGACGGUCGUGAAGCUAUCGUGGAACUGCCGGCCGAGUCCAUCGUUACUGUGGAGCUGAACUCAAUAUGAUACCUAGUUCUUCAGGGGCAUCACGAAUAUAUAUGCUAGAACGUGUUUGACGUCAUUUUUAUGGAAAAUUUUUGACCCUUUCUUUAGCUUUCGAUUUCAUGUACACCUUUAGUCAGCAGCCCUUAAAAUAAUCAUUAGGACUUACGAUAUUGUAUUUUGUUAAUUACUACAAUUAUGCUGUUUAUUUUCUUUGGAAUUUCGUCCACUCGCCGAUGGCGAUAUAAUUACGUUUUAGCAUAGAAUCGUGCUAGUCUCAUAGGUUGUUAAAAGAGUAAUAUUAUUAUAUUACAUGCUAAUUUGACAUUCGGAUAAUGUGACGGAAAAUUGCAAAUUGAAAUCAAAAUCAAAUCAUUCAGAAAUUA